AUGUCUGCUGUUCUGCCGAAGAUCAAGGUGAUCGAGACGCAAAAUCUGGAUCGGAGCGGUGCCGGGGCAUCACUUUCCCUUGACUCGCCGUCGAAUACCACGGAUGGCGGACAAUCAGCUAGACCGAAGUCCGCAACCUCGUCCGAAGGAAACGCUCAGAUUAAUAGCAAAAGGCUGCCACCGAAAUCGAUAAGAUCCGGCUCUAGCAAAGAUAUCAAUAGUGGGAAACCAACUUCGCCGCCAGGGCGACCGGAGACCGCCAUUGAUCCUCUCUCUCACCACAUUCUCAAGCGAACGAAUACCGAAAAUACCAUCCCUUCGAGACUACGAAAUAUAGCCACAGUUGAGAGUGGGAAUGCCGAAGCUACGAGUCCUGUCAGUCCAGAUAUAGCGGCCCCUGGGAGGCAAUCGACGCCUGAAAUCACUCGGAGUGAUAGCAAUCCUUCCAAAGAAAAGAAGAAAGGCGUCUCGUUCCUCAGUCGUUUCAGUAUCAUCGGUGGGAAGAAAAAAGACCAGUUCCCUGAUCUCGACGAUGAAUCGGAAUUGGGUGACCCGCGGACUGAAGGCAUGAAUGCACAUGUCUUCUCGUCAUCCGUAGGAGCAAAUGGAUAUAUACCGCAACAUAAAGAGCCGCCUAGGUACAUUAAAGUCCGAGCACAUAACAAGAAGAUAAGGGAGUUUAACCGCAUGUUUCUAUCUCAAGAGUUAAGCGGAACAAAGUCUCCACCGGGUGAAGACAAGGUUCCUGGGAUAGCUACGACAGAGGCGCAACCGCAGAAUUCUAAGCUAUCGAAACUACCUAAAUCAGGUGGAGCAAUAUGGGCAAUGGAAUUCAGCAAAGAUGGCAAAUAUCUUGCGGCUGCCGGCCGAGACCAAGUCGUAAGAAUUUGGGCAGUAAUUUCUACCGCAGAAGAGAGGCAGGCUCACGAGCAUGAGGAAGAUGUAUCUUCGAGCACCACAGAGGGCGAGCGUUUGAAUGCGCCCGUUUUUAGGUCAAAGCCGGUUCGGGAAUUCGAGGGGCACACAGGAGAAAUAUUGGACUUAAGUUGGAGUAAGAACAACUUCCUGCUCUCGUCGUCAAUGGAUAAAACUGUGCGACUGUGGCAUACCAGCAGGCAAGAAUGUCUUUGUACUUUCAAGCACAAAGAUUUUGUCACCACGAUCGCAUUUCACCCUACUGAUGACCGUUUCUUCUUGGCCGGAUCUCUGGAUUCUAUUUUGAGGCUAUGGAGCAUCCCCGACAAGUCCGUCGCUUUCUGGAACCAGCUCCCGGAUCUCAUAACAGCUGUAGCUUUCUCCCCCGAUGGCAAAAUUGCAAUGGCUGGUGUCCUCAGCGGCCUUUGUCUGUUCUACGAGACCGAGGGCUUGAAGUACCAUACCCAAAUCCAUGUACGGUCUUCGCGGGGCAAGAACGCCAAGGGAAGCAAGAUUACUGGAAUUCGAACCAUGACCUUUCCCCCAGGCGAGUCAGAAGCGGAUAUCAAGAUACUGAUCACCAGCAACGACUCUCGAGUCCGCAUGUACAACCUCCGCGAUAAGAGCCUGGAGAUGAAAUUCAGGGGUCACGAAAAUACUUGCAGCCAAAUAAAUGCCACCUUUAGCGAUGAUACGCGGUAUGUAAUAUGUGGGAGCGAGGACCGAAAAGCUUAUAUAUGGACCACUGGGCCGGCCGAUUCUGAAAAUAAGGACAAGCGCCCCCUCGAGAUGUUCGAAGCCCACUCAGAUAUGGUUACUGCUGCGGUCAUUGCUCCGACCAAGGCCAGACAAUUGCUCAGUGCUUCGGGCGAUCCUAUAUACGAUCUCUGCAAUCCACCUCCAGUGACGCUGCUUAGUCGAGAAGAGUCAACUGUCUCUGCUACGCCUCGUACCGAGUCGGAAAGGGGUCAUUCGGAUCCCCUCAACGAGCCACCGAUCAAAAAACCCGAGGAAUCCCCAGCAUAUUUGGCGCGAUGUAUACAUCCGGGUGGGAAUAUCAUUAUUACAGCGGAUUACUUGGGAAAUAUCAAGGUAUUCCGCCAGGACUGUGCUCACCAAAAGCGUCUUCAAAACAACUGGGAGACCGGAUCCGCGUUUUCAAAGAAAAUGCUCGGUCGUAGCGGCUCUAUAAUGACGAAGAAUUCUGGUGGCUCUCAUUCCCGCCGCAAUUCGGCCUCCCAAAGUUCCACGGGAGGCCCUCAUAUGCCAUCUGAUCACAUAUUAUCAUGGCGCAACCAUGUGUUGGAUAAUAACAGCAUUAAAAACGGUGCCAGGUCGUCCCGAAGCGAUCGCAGCGUAUCCCCUGGGAAAUUCAGCAGAGUAUCUAUCCAAUCGCAGAAUAAUCUGGCAAGCGCAGCUCGCCAGCAGCCAUACGCGGGGGCACUACUGCAGACAACUCCGAGCGUCUCCACGAUAAGCCCUCCCCCAAGUCUUUACGGAUCGAAGACUCGUAAUCUCAGUCAACCCCCCACUCCAAGCUUCCAUUUCCAAAGCGCUAGCGACGAGAACGCCUUGAAAAUCGAUUCUUCGGGCAAAAAUUAUCAAUUCUGGAAUCCUUCAUCGUGGCGAAAUGAAAUAAAAGCUCAGGCUGCUGCUGCACGAGACCCUUCCAAGUUAGAUACGGAAAUAUCGGGAUCACUCCAGAGGGGAGGCAGUGUGGUGAGCAAGUUAACGAGCGAAGAAGACACAUCCGAGCUGGAAGACGAGGAGAGUGAGGGAGAAGCGCUAGUAUGUAAGAAGUGCGGUGGGAAGGAUUUCCGGGCUAGAAAAGUCGUCGGAAAGGCGGGGCAGAGGUUGGUUUGUACAAAGUGUGGGACUACGGCUGAGUAA